UUGUAUUGUUUUUAUAAAUUCUUCCAGACGCUUUAACUUCUUCCCGGUCGGAAUAUCUGCGGGUAUGUUUUCAACUCUGCCCGACAACACUGUUAAUAUCAGACCGGAGAAAACACCUGACAAGUAGGCUACGUUCGGCCGAAAGAGACAUCCAAGGAGGAUGGGACCCAAACUAGGAUAGCCUACAUAGACUAGACGGAUAGAACAACCGCCUUCAACAUGUUUAGAGGUUCUGGAGGUGUAGAGCUGCUCCUCGUCCUGUGCGGCCUGGACCUCUCCUCCCCCUGUCCCAGGGACUGUAUCUGCUACACCUCUCCCAGCACCGUAUCCUGUCAGGCACACAACUUUCUGUCUGUCCCAGAGGAAAUCCCAGCCCAGAGCGAGAGGGUCUUCCUGCAGAACAACAAGAUUCAGCGUCUGCUGCGAGGCCACUUCAGUCCCACCACGGUCAUGCUGUGGCUCUACUCCAACAACAUCUCUUACAUCCAGGCCUCCACUUUUCACGGCUUUGCCCGCCUGGAGGAGCUGGAUUUGGGGGACAACCGUCACCUGAGGGCCCUGGCUUCAGACACCUUCCAGGGCCUAGGCCGCCUGCACGCCCUGCACCUCUACCACUGUGGGCUGCUCAGCCUUCCACCGGGGAUCUUCGAGGGGCUCAGCAGCCUGCAGUACCUCUAUCUGCAGAACAACCAGUUGGAGUUCCUGGGGGAUGAUCUGUUUGUGGACCUGCUGAACCUCACCCACCUCUUACUCCAUGGCAACAGGCUCUGGUCCCUCCACCAGAACACAUUCAGGGGACUGGGAGUCCUGGACCGCCUCUUAUUACACCAGAACCGGCUGCAGUGGGUCCACCGUCUGGCGUUCCACGACCUGAGUCGCCUCACCACCCUCUACCUGUUCAACAACUCUCUGACUGAGCUGUCUGGGGCCAGCCUGGCUCUGCUGUCUUCCCUAGAGUACCUCAGACUCAAUAACAACCCCUGGGAGUGUGACUGCAAGGCUCUGCCACUGUGGGUGUGGCUGCGGAGGUUCCGGGGCUCUACGUCGGUGCUGGAGUGCGUCUCCCCUCCUGAGCUCCUGGGCCGGGACCUGAAGGGCUUGAGGAAAGAGGACUUACCCAGCUGUUCAGCAGGAGAAGCCCGGGGAGGUGGUGUCGUAGGCAGAGAUGCCGAGCUGGGGGAGUCCCAGACGAAAGAGGAGGACUGUCAACUCCAUCAUAGGAACCACAAGCACCGCCAUAACCACCACCAGCACCCACACCUCCCACACAGGGACCAGAACAACAGGGACCCGUCACCUUCGCCCCUACCCUUACCCCUUCCAAGGCCGCCCAAGGGGAGUCACAGGAACUGUACCCGGGGUCGCAAGGGGGGUCAGAACGAGGUGCAGGUACUGAGGGAGGAGGAGGACGACACCCCUGGAGGGAAUAAAUACAACCCCUCCGCCCCCCCUCGCAGGAGGAACAAGUGUGUCCCCAUGACAUCAGUUGGCCCGCCGAGUGGGGUCAAGAGAGCCAAUAGUAACGUGGCGUCCUGCCCCACUGGGUCUUUUCUCUGCAUCCUGUUGGCUGUGCUGCUGUCACUCAGCUGAGACUGAGUUUACAUGUAGCUAAUGUUUUAUCAACAACACCCUACAGGACUGUU